AUGGCGGGGCCGUUGACGAGAUGGGAUUGCGAUCGGUUCCUUUCAAAAGGAUUUUCCCAUGCCGUGUCGGCUACUAACCCCGACUUGAUCAUUUUUCUUGGCGAUCUAUUCGAUGAAGGUGUUGAGGCUAGCGAUACAGAAUUUCAAUGGACGAUUGACAGAUUCAAAGCCAUCUUCGACACAAACAUCCCUACGAUCUACAUCAGUGGUGAUAAUGACGUCGGUGGUGAGAUAGAACCGGUACAAAGCCUUCUGACAGCAAGGUUUAGGAAAAUGUUCACGAACACAUUUCCAUCAUCGAAUGACAUCUUCAAGUCUUUGUCACUUAUUGAAGUUAAUUUGAUGAAUUCCGAAGUGACAAACAUCAGAGAGUUCUCUGAUCCGCCGGAGCUGAAAGUGGUCUUGAGUCAUGUGCCUUUCGCAGUUAUGUCCUACGAUUACUCUGGAAAAAUGGUCCGUUUCUGCUGUUGA